AUGAGUGAAGAACAAGCCACAAAGGCCGCUGAAAAGAUCCUUGCACUGCGCUCCUAUGUUGACCGCCUGGAUCCGAUCGACCUGGACGAGAUGUGGGGCUUCUUUGAUUUGGAUGCCCCUGCAAGCCGCAGAUCGAUGGACGCCAGUGAUCCUCUCUUGCAGAAGCUGAAGGGGAAGCUGAAUCGGCAGCGGCUUCUUUUUCAUCCAGAUAAGAAUGGCCACCCAGAGGCAGAGAAGACCUUCAAAUUCUUGGAGGUUUGCCAUCGCAAGCUCAUGACUGCAUACACCCGCCAAACCGAAUCUGUCCAUCAGCGCACAAGACGCGAAGAGGAAGAGCUCAAGCAGGAGGAGGCCCGGCGCCAGAAGCAAGAAGCUGAGCGGCGAGCACAGAUGGAGCUCUUGGAGAAAGAGGAGGAGGAGAAGAUGCGGAGAUUGGAACUGCACCAACAACGGCUGGACCAAAUGCUUGAAGCCAAGCGGUCUGCCUUUGAGGCGAAGCACAACCAAUCUCAGGUGGUGAGCCGGACGACUUCCUCAGAUCCGAUUGUCAGCCUGUUCACAAGCUGCGGAAGUUCCAAGAGCAUCCUCGGGAAACAGGAGGAUGCUGAAGAGACUGCAGUGAUUGGGCGUUUGACGGUGCACCUGCGGGCAAGAGAUCUACCUGUGCCUGAGUGCCUAGGUGGCAGACAGGUGAGGCCUUUGGUUGUGUUUUCUUUGUCUUUGUAG